GCUUGCGGUGACAGUGAAAGUAAUCACUAGAUGAACCCUAAUUUCUACUUUAGAAAGUGUCAAUUUGCAGUCCGUCGAUUGUUCAUUGAUCGGCUCUACUUCUCUAAAGGAGAGCUAAAACAUUGUCGGAUGGAUGAGCUCUGUUCAAAUUCUAUUUUCAACCAUGUUUAGUUCAUAUGGCCAAAGAGAGUUUCCCCUCUCCUGAUGAAACUCUUCAUUCAAACCAUCCGAGCACUCACACUUGCGAGCAAUCUAUGUCCCGACGGGUUUAGUAUCCCGAAUAACAUCUGAGCGUUCGUAAAACCCCUACCGGUAGAUGAACUAAUUCUCAUCCUGCUAUUGAUAGACCCGUUCAUCUGCGAAUUCCUCGUGAAUUAUCUCAUCUUAUCAACCGUAGAUCCGAUAAAACAUGGUUCUCGGCCUUCAAACGCAAAGUCAUAGAUCUUUGAGAUGCAAGACAAUUUCACAUAUGGGGACAGGGUCCAAGCUAUGAUGCGAACUGCGCUGAUAUUAAGGUAAAGUUAUUUCUCUUUUCCUCCCUCGCCGAGCAGGUUGGAUUAGAAUUACUUCAUCGCUGGGCCAAUAAUCAACGAUCCUCCAAUAUGCAACUCCCUUCGCCUCAAGUCCUAUCAACCCUUCCACAACCGAACUACAUCGACCCGGUAACUAGAGGACCUGCACUUCUUAUAAUUACCGUUAUUUUUCUUCCCAUUGUGUACAUUGUGGUUGGUCUACGGACCUUUACUCGGCUAUAUCUAUCCAAACAUUUUGGAGUUGAUGAUGUAUUUCUAUUAAUCUCCGUCAUUCCAACUUCAGCAUGCGCUAUUCUUGCGCUUCUCGCUCAGGAACGUUGGAAAUGGAAUCGUCAUGUUUGGGAUAUCACACCAGAUUAUGCUGAGUUUGGACUUAAGUUGAAUAUGGUGUUGGAAUGUUUAUUUGGACUUGCUGUUGCACUCACAAAGAUUUCUCUGCUCAUCUUGGUAAUGCGGGUUAUGUCUAGAGGAACAGGUUUACUCAAACAUUUAUCCAUUGCGAUGAUUGUAAUAGUGGCAUGUGAAGCAAUUGCUUUUGACGUGGUCAUCAUCAACAAUUGCAGGUAUGGUCAUAAAAACUGGAUGAUAUCGAAACCUACUAAUAUAACAAUAGCCCUGUUUCAGACUACUGGAAAGUAACCUACUCGCCUCAAAAUUGUAUCAACGAACGAACUCUUUUACUUGCGAGCGCAAUAAUUAAUACUUGCGCCGAUUUCUUUGUUUUCUUUCUACCGAUACCUACGGUAUUUAGCCUUCCAAUACCCUUCCGCCAACAAUUUAUGCUCUGCCUCAUCUUCGCCGCUGGCUUGGUUGUCUGUGCUGCGGGUGUUGUCAGAAUAUAUUACAUACACGCAGUAUUUGCAUCCUAUGAUAGAACUUGGUUCUCGUAUCCGUUAUGGAUAUCCAGUGUAUUGAAUCUAUUCAUAGGGACAGUAAGAACCUCCUAACCUUAGCUCUGCUCUCUUCCCACUCCCAUUGAUCUAUGGUACUAACCUUGGUAACCCUAGAUAUGUACCGCACUACCGGCGACGAAACCAUUUUUCUGUACAUUUCUCCCAUCUCUGUUCGGGCAUUGGACGCGACCUUCGGAUGAAAGUUUAUACAGAUUAUCAACUCACAACCCUACUACAAUUAAGACACAUCCAUUUCAAGUAGAGACCAAACAACCUGAAGAAUCUUUCAGCAUUGGUGAUAUAACGGAUCCUAUGGCCGAAACAAUAGAAAUAACUGAUGAUAUGAAAAAAUCCAGACGGAUGCUUCCGUUAUCAUAUCUAAGCUUUCAAUCGUCAAAUCAAAGAUCGUCAUUUGGACAAUCAUCUAAUCCACCCUCGUAUUAUCAUCGAUCUUACCAUACUUAUGAUACUCGAGAUAUGGAUUUUGACGAAGCAAGCUUGAGCAUGGGAUCCUACUUAAAACGAGGUUCAGCUCGCCUAACCCGGCAGUCGGAUAGGACAUAUCAAACCCAUCGAGCAAGUUCAAGUACUUACAUCACCGAAGAGACUGGAUCGCCACGAUCAUCACGAUUCGCCAGCAGUUUAAUGGAGGUUCCAUAUAGUUUCAAUCAAAUUGGGAGAGCACACGAACCACAUCCAUCUGAAAGUCAAGACAUCUUGAUACAUACAAUAUGAGGAGUUUUUGCCGAGUCAUACACAUUUGUUCGUGAGACAAAAAACGGCUUAGAAUCUGGAAUUCCUGCGGAGAAUCUAGAUUCUGCAUCCCUUCAUCAACUCGGUGAGGAGAUAUCGCUCACGUGAUUGGCCAAUUUAAUACUAACCUCCUCACGAUCCUUCGAUUCGGCGCGUUCAAGGAUAUGAAAAUAUCCAUGCGGGGUCGCAGUGCAUUAGGAGCAUUUGAACUGCAUAAAAUCGGUCAAGGUCAGAUGUUGCGUUGUUUUCACGACAAACUCUUUUCUCUUUCACGCGAACUUGCCCACUUUAGUUUGGCAGGGAAAGGAUUGAACAUUGUCGGUGAACGGAACUUGCGGGUGAUGGGCGCAAAUUAUGAAGAAGUUUUUCAGGAUUUUCAGUCUAUGCCAUGGCCACAUGAGCUUGGAAAAAUCCACCUGGUGCCUCCCGGCUGAUGAGGUGUUCGAGUUGGCGAAUGAUGAACAUCAUGGGAAAUGUGUUUAUGUUAUAUCAUCGCUCGUGAUGGAUGUGGGAUUAGGUGGUGUUGGUGUAAUAUCAUGUACGAAUAUCAGAUGAUUUAUGAUCUGGAUCUGUGUAUCCCAGUUGCGCUUCCAAGAUUUGCCGAUAAGGAUACUGAUUAGAUACUUGAAUGCGGAAGCUUGUAUUUUUCUUGGAUUCGUGUUCGUGGACCUUUGUCAAACUCUCAGGGCUCAAACUGCUUUUCUACUCCAAUCCAAUGCACCCCUGACAAUCGGAGAUAAAAAAGAACUUCACUUCAACCCCUUCAUGAACCGUGCAGCAUCGGGGUAGAAGUUCGGUAAAGUAUUUUGGUGGCUGUAAACUUUUGUAGCGGAACCACACAGCCCCUACGAACUCAUUUCAAAAGAAAAGCAUCGACAGUGGAGAAUCGAGAUGGGAUCUUUUAUGGAUUUCUCGAUAAUAAGACCGUACUCGAUGCUUAGUCAAGUCGUCAUCGCGAAUUUUUAUGCAUGUUGGAAGCAGGGCAGGGCUUAGAUAGCGAAAGGAGGAGAACAGGUUCAUUGAUACGAAUGCCAUAAGGUGGAAAGAGAGUGCAAAGAUUGAUCAUUUAUUAUACAGCAAUACUCGGUGAGGUUUGGAAAACGGACUCUAAA